AAAGAGACGCUUCCUAUACAGGACGUUACUCAGAGAUGUAUUUGCAAUCAUUGCUGUGUCGCCUCCGUAGACGAGUCGUGCUUAUGAUGGCCUGGAUCGACCUCAGCCGAGUUAGGUAUAUUAUUGAGUUGCUGUGGCGCAGCAGCCGGGGUUUCUUUUCUUGUCUUACAAGAGUAUUUACUCCAAUAGUUAGAUUUGUGGGACGUUAUGCGAUAGUCUGGCGAGAGGAUUGCGUAAAUCGAGGUGAGCCUGAAAUUACCGACGAAAACAGACUAGAAACGUCAGUUUCCCAGCAGAGGGUUCAGGAGUCUCACAGUGAGGGUCAGUACGCAGCCGCAGUCUCAAACAGAAGGUCUGAAGAAACCGAGCAUACAGUUGAUGAGUUUGACAGCGAUGAGUACCGAGUUGAGACCACAGAUGAGUUGUACUGUGGCUACGAUUCAACCUGGGAGAUCGAGGAGAAUCAGGGGAACACAUUCAGGAGCAGCAGGCGUCCAGCAGCGUCCAGAUCUUACAAGUUUAGCAGAUUUGAAAAGGCUGCCAGAGACAUGCAGAACUACAGACAUGACUACCCUUCCCAGUUCAGGCUGCAACAGUGGCACCAGCAUAUGCCUUCUGAUGACAAGCCUAAUUUGGAAUUCUACCUCGGAAGGAGGCCAUCUUCACCUGACGGUAUCUACAUACACCAUUUCCACAGUCAGUGGAAAGGAGAUUAUGACACACUGGAGUAUGUACACACCUAUAUUCAGUGGUUGUUCCCACUGCAAGAACCAGGGAUGAACAAUGAGGCCAGAACACUGACAAAAGAAGAAAUACAGGAUUUUCGUAAUAGCAGCAUUGCAAAGGAAAAUCUGCUAAAGUCAUAUGAGCUCAUGUUGGACUUCUAUGGGAUCACAUUGUGUGAUAAGAAAACAGGAGAAGUCAAGAGAGCCUCAAACUGGAGACAAAGAUUCAACAACCUGAACAAUCACACCCAUAACAACCUGCGCAUCACCCGCAUCCUGAAGUGCCUGGGAACCCUGGGGUAUCCCCACUACCAAGCCCCUCUGGUCCGCUUCUUCCUGAAGGAGACUCUCAUACAGGGAGAACUUCCUAAUAUCAAAGACAGUGUCCUCAGCUACUUUGUGUUUGCUGUCCUUGAUAAGAAGCAACGCAGGAAUCUCAUCAAGUUUGCCUAUUUGAAUUAUGAGCCUAAAGAUGAGUUUGUGUGGUGCCCAAGGAAAAUACAGAUGAGGUGGUCAGGGUUGUUAGCUUCCAAUUGUAAAAAAGGUGGUUGUAAGGUUGCACCAAGUCCUGUGUGUUCAUACAGUGAUGAUGAAGAUUAAGCUGUCAAAGUAGAAACUGUGUCUUAGAUUUGGUAACAGUGUUGACAACCUGUUCUAAGACUCUGAAAACCAGAAUGACUGCAUAAGUAGAGCAAGUUACAAUAGAUUUGUCAGGGUCAAAGCAGGAAAAGACAGGCUAGUUAUGAUACAUGCUGUGAUCCACAUGCAUGCUAUCUUUACAUUUUUAAUUUUCUCUUAAUUAAGAUUCAAAUAGCACAGGAUAUCGAUGCAAAUGUGUUUGUUCACUUGAGUGUGAUUUCUGGAAUUUUAUUCAUAUUUGUUGUUGUUUUAUACUUUUUCACUUGUGCAGUCUGAAGUUGAUGAAGAAGUUCAACUGCAGGGUGAGUGUUUGUGUGUUUGGAUAGGUGGGACACAUUAAGAAUUUUAAGUCACUUGUAUUAUCUUUAUUCAGUUUUUCUUAUUCAGAGUCACAUGUUGCCUUAUGUCACACUUUUGCAUUUAAUCUUAAUUAAGUAACAGUGUAUAUAUUAAUCUGAUUAGAUUUGCAGAUUUUAGCACAGAUUAUGGCCAAAAAUGUCAAAUAAUAGCUCUGCACUAGUAGUGCUGCAUUUAAGGCCUGAUCAUUCCUGAAAAAAAAGGAGGAAGAUGCUACUGAAGGUUCUGUGAGAGUUGUGGCAUUGCCUUAACCUUAAUCCUUAAGUAGGGAGCUGCUGUAUUUUUCAAAGUUGUUAAUCAUUUAUUAAUCAUUUUGUUCAAGCAUUCUAAAAGGCUCUGAUGUGUUUCUAGUAGAGCAUUUUUAACAUGCAGAUAAGAUUUUGAUCAUUCCUAGAAAUUAAAAAUAAAGAACUAGAUUCUCCAAAUA